AUGCAGAAGGCUUUCUCCUUUUCUGGCUUGUUUGGUAACUUGGUGAAUGAGAUAAUACCUUCUUAUCAAGAACAAGAAUCAAAUUCAGUGAAAAGGCAUGAAAAUGGUAUUACAAAUAAUGCUCUAGCAAAUGAGAAUUUGCGAGCACUGCCAGAUGCGGAAAAGUCAGCACAACGACUGUCAACUCCCCUAUUCCCUGAAGUUGAUGCUUUUGUUAAGAAUCAGGACUGUGGCGUCUUUGUGUCUGCCUAUGCAGAAAUAUUAAGUGAAGAGCAGCAAGUCCAUUCAUGUGGGUUUGAUGCUGGAACUCAAUGUGCACACUAUGCUUCAUUACUAUGGCAUUACGGAAUGACAAAGGAAAAAGAAGGGUACACGAGUGAUAAUGAGGAUCCUCCUCGGCCGAGGAAUAGUUAUCUCCAAACAAUUGAUGAAAACGUGCUUAGGCGUUUCGCCUUCGACACUAUUUGCAAGGUGUCCCUCGGCACUGACCCACACUGCUUGGAGGAUCUCUCCCACGUGCCAAUUCUCGUUGAUUCAUUUGACACUGCUUCUCGAGCGUGUGCCAUGCGCGGGAUGGCUCCUGUGUAUGCAAUUUGGAAAAGCAAGAGAGCGCUCAAUUUAGGAUCUGAGAAGACGCUGAAGGAGAAUGUGAAACGCGUUCACUGUUGCAUCAACGACAUCAUUGAGAAAAAGAAACAAACGAUCAAUGAAAACGGAGAAAACAGCAAGAACAUGGAUCUCCUCUCCAGAUUAUUAAUCGCAGGACACGAAGAUGAAGUUGUGAGAGAUAUGGUCAUAAGUUUUCUCAUGGCUGGAAGAGAUACAACUUCUUCCGCAUUAACAUGGCUUUUCUGGCUCAUGACUACCAAUCACGACGACGUCAAAAACGAAAUGAUCAACGAAAUAACGUCGAUCAACUAUGGCGAUAAGGCGCUAGAAUUCGACGAACUAAGAGAGAUGAAGUACUUGCAAGCGUGCUUGAAUGAAUCAAUGAGGCUUUAUCCGCCAGUAGCAUGGGACUCAAAGCACGCAGCUAAAGACGACAUUUUGCCAGACGGUACAAGGGUUCAAAAAGGAAAUAGAGUUACAUAUUUCCCGUACGGAAUGGGCCGGAUGGAGGAGAUUUGGGGAAAAGACCGGCUCGAAUUUAAACCGAACCGUUGGAUCGACGAAAAUGGAGAACUGAAAAGUGUUUGUCCAUAUAAAUUUCCAGUGUUUCAAGCAGGUCCAAGGGUGUGUUUGGGUAAAGAAAUGGCAUUCACACAGAUGAAGUAUGUGUUGGCUUCGGUUCUAAGGCGGUUCGAGAUUAAACCGGUGAAUGCAGAAAACCCGGCUUUUGUGCCUCUUUUGACUGCACAUAUGGUUGGUGGUUUGAAUGUGAGACUUUAUCACCGUGGUAGCUAGCUACCGAGUAGAACGAAAAAUACUCAAUGUCCAAUUAGCAUUAGCUACUUGUUUAAUUAAUGUAUAGUUUUGACGCUUGCUUGUGCAUUUUUGGUUGAAAGUAACUAAGAAAUGAUCAACUAAUUAAUCCACGAUUAUGUUAAGAGAGAAUAGGGUUAAUUGCCUCCCUAUAAAAAUAUAAAAUUCUAACCGCUAAUUAAGAUUAUAAGUAGAUUAGAGAAAGUGAAAGUGAAAGAUGUACGGUCCAAUCCUUAUUUGGACCCAACCCAAAUGUAAAGUGAUAAUUU